UUAAAUAUUUUAAGUACCUACCUAAAUACAAUGUACCUACUUAUUUCUUUUCUUUUUUUACUCAGAAAGUUCAUGUAUAUAAGUAUACAGAGUUUCUAGCGGAUACAGAUGUGGAAAAUAAAAUGAAAUGUUUACAAAAUAUUCAAAAUGAUGAGAAUACAGUAACAAAAAGUCUAUCGAUGGAUGAUAAAUCGAGCAAUCUCAUACAGUCUACAUUACACAGAAUUGGUACGGGAAAUGAAAUAAUUACCAAAAAACAACUGGACUCAGCAAUAAUUAAAUUUGUUGUUUAAGAUACACAGCCAAUUAAUAUUGUUGACAAGCCAGUAUUUUUGAAUUUAAUUAGGUUGGGACUACCAAAACCUGUAACUGUUAUGUGUUCAAAAACUUUAAAAACACGAUUAAACUCUGCAGCUAAUGAAAUGGUAGAUAAUAUUACUAAAACAUUGUCAAAUAUUGAAUAUAUAUCAGAAACUGCAGAUUGUUGGACCCAAGGUAAAAAAUCUUACCUUGGCAUAACAGCCCAUUGGAUUAAUACAACAACGUUAGUUAGAGAAGGAGCAUCAUUAGCUUGCACAGUGAUAAAAGGUCGGCAUACUUUUGAUCUAAUAGCCAAAGAAAUAUAUAAUAUCAACAUAAAGUACAAAAUUCAAAAUAAAGUAACUAGUACUACAACUGAUAAUGGUAGUAACUUCGUAAAAGCAUUUAGAGUUUUUGGAAUUGAUAAAAAUUAUGAGGAAAACUUAUUCGAUGAAGAUCAGAAUAUGGAUGAAGAAAUAGAGCUAAUUGAUUUAACUGGUGUAAUUGAAAAUACUGAAGGUGGUGCAGAAAAUGAAUUUGCAAAUGAAGUUAAUUUAUCUGCUCACAGACGAUGUGUGAGUCAUACUUUGAACUUGGCCGCUACUAAUGAUGUUGAAAAAUGGUUUAAUGAAAAUGAAAAAAAGGCCGAUGUUCUUCAACUCAAAAAGCUCUACAGAAAACUCUUUGCUAAGUUAACAAAACUUUGGUCAAAACAAAAUCAGUCGACGAUUGUGGCAGAAAAAAUUCAUGAAGUACUCAAUAUGUAUUUGAGAGUACCUAAUAAAACAAGAUGGAAUUCCACAUAUGAUGCAUUACUUCAAUUAAAAAAAAAUUAUUAAUGGACCUGGUGGUUUAGAAAAAUUGAACCAAGUUAUGGAUUUUAAUACAUUACCAAGAAUAUUAAAUGAAGAAGUUGUAUUCAUAAAUGAAUUUUGUGAUAUAUUUGGACCAGUAGCAGAGUCCCUAGAUUUCUUACAAGGUGAAAAAGCUAUGUAUAUGGGAUAUCUUCUACCGACUUUACAUGCUUUAGAGAGAAAAAUUAAAAGUAGACAAUGUAAACCUAUGACACAUUGUACACUUCUAUUAGAAGCUGUUUUAAGAUCAAUAAAAAA